AUGGCAACCGUUUCCAAUGAUCGAAUUCCUACCAAUCUCCUGAUUCUUGAUUCAAAGAACUAUGAUAAAUGGGCAAAACAAAUGAGGGUUUUGUUUGGUUAUCAAGAGGUGCUUGAGAUCGUCGUCAAUGGAGUUACGCAAUUAGGGGCAGAGACUACCGACAUUCAAAGAGCUACACACAAAGAAGAGAAGAAGAAGAAUUACAAAGCCCUAUUCUUGAUUCAUUCUUGUGUUGAUAACGACAAUUUCGAGAAGGUUGGCGAUUGUGAAUCGGCGAAGCAAGCAUGGGAAAUCUUGGAGAAAGCAUAUGUCGGUGCCGUCAAAGCGAAGGUUGUAAGGUUACAAACUUACAAGCGACAAUUCGAGUUAACACAAAUGGAAGAUAAAGAAACGAUCAACGACUACAUUACGUGCAUUACCCAGUUAGUUAAUCAAAUCAAAUCUUGUGGGGAAACGAUUCUUGAGCAGAAUGUUGUAUCGAAAGUAUUGCAUUCGUUAACGCCGCGUUUCGACAACAUAGUUGUGGCUAUUGAAGAAUCAAAGGAUCUAACAACUUUGAGCAAGGAUGAAUUGCAAAGUUCGUUAGAGGCACAUGAACAAAGGAUGGAUGAGAGAGGCGCCGACAAAGCCAAAACCUCCAAGGAUAGUGGUCAUAGCAAUGGUUUCAAGAAGCGUGAUGUGAGUAAGGUUCAAUGCUACAAGUGCAGAAAGUUUGGACACUUUGCAAAUUCGUGUCGUGGUAAAUCGAACGAGAAUCACAAUAAUGAAGCCAAGGUUGCUAGGGAAGAGGUAGAUGAUGAGGACACACUUCUAGUAAUGAUCACGGAGGGGAGUUAUGGCAUUACGGAUGUUCCUACUGUAGUGACAGUUUGCGGGAUAACAGUUGUACCGUUCCGGAAAAUAGCAAGAAAAUGCAUUCGGAUCGAAAUGCGUUGGUUACCGUUCGUGAUGGAGUCCAAGGGAGAGAUGAGUGGUACUUGGAUUCCGGUUGCUCAACACAUAUGA